AUAUGUAACGAGCAAUGAAAAAGUUUGAGAAUUAAAAAAGAUUAUGUUCAUUGGUAUUUAAAAAAACAUAAGAUUAUUCAUCACGGAACAUUGUAAUGAAUAUCUGAUAUUGUUCGUAGUUGUUUAAUGUAAUUAUUGAGUAGUACACAAUGUCAAAGACGACACGCUCGCCUAAACGCACAUACAUACACAUUAUACACAGAGAGAAUGAGAAUGAGUGAGUGAGUGUGUAUGUGUGUGUGUGUUUGUGUGUGAGAGAGAGAGAGAGAGAGAGAAAGGGAGGGUGAGAGAAAAUGUAAAUGCAAAGUGAAAGAGCACAGGAAUGAGCGAGAGUUUAAAAAUUUCAUAUGUAUAAUUUCUGUUUUCUUAUUUCUGUUUAAUUUUUGUUUCUUCUAUCCUUCCUUCUAUCUAUCCCUUCCUGCAACAUGUUCAGGCCACCCUGUCGGAAGAAGCUAAGGAAGUAUACAACAGUUUGGUGGAGACGCCAACGUUGGAAAGUGCCGGGGAUACGAAUCCGUUGCGAAUGUUGCGUUCUGGACUGCCGAUAAUGAGGUCCAGAAUUCGUGGGAACAAGCAUGCUACAUUGGGGUACCCUGUAUCACUAUCGCAGUCGCAAUCGGAAGACUAUGCGUCCGGCGAUCACUUUGAAAUGCAUCACAGCGGUGCAAAGACUUUGCCCAAGAUGCGAACAUCUCCGUCGUCUCACGCAAUUCUACCCCUGCCGCAAUCACGCAUUCUUGAGAGAUAUCAUUCCGUGGAAAUAGAGAAUAACCAGAAUCAGAGUAAUGUUGACGAGAAUCCGAUACCUCUGCCGCCUCGGGAUCGUUCUAAAAUGCUUCAGCCCAAGUCCAGCUUGCCGCGACACCAGAGAAAGCAUCCCCUGAUCAUACCCGGUGGCGGUGUCACUAGAACACUAGCUAAGAUGGCGGUAACUGCGCCGUCUGUUGAGGAUCAAGUGGACGGACAUUUCAUGUUGCAGCAUUCUAAUGAGGCAAUUCCCGGAAUCUCGCUACAGGACAACUGUCUCCCGGAAACUUCUGCUAAUAGCCCAGAAGAAUUUGAACAGCGUAUAGAUUCUGAAUUGGCCGCACUGGAUUCCUUACCCGUUGAAGAAAGCCGACUUCGACGAUGUAGCAUGAUCUCGGAGGAUUUGCUGGAGUUCUCGGACAACUUAAUCGACUGUGGUGAUACGUUGGAUUUAUGUCAAAACGUCUCGAAAGAAAUGAGCAUUGACGGGCAAUCGAAUAGCUUAUCAAACACUAUGAUCGACAAUUUACGCGAGAAGAUCAGCGGCGAAUCGAAGUGCUCUAUAAAAAAUAUCGCUUCUAAGGUACAAGAGAACGUAGGAGUAGAUCUAAGCCGAAAUCCGACAGCGAUUAGCAGUUCUUGUAAAUCAGAAAACUGGAACAAAAUGAAUCCCUUGAUAAGAACACAAAUUCCAUUUGUAAGAGCACAACAGACUCGGUUAAAUUAUUCCUCACAAACAAACGAAGAGAUCCUGUCUAAAUCUGAGAUUUCUCACCGCGAAGAACCUCAAAUGCAUAUUAACACAAGCGACAAUUUUCAUUCGAUCGUUCCUACAAAAGUCUAUUGUUUAUCCAACGAAAAAGCAUCUAGCAGUGACGUCGCUCAGAGCGAUCUGUCGCGACAAUCGGAUCACGUCUCUUGCGAGGAUUUGUUAGAGUUUGCUUGCGAUGGACCGAAUACGCGAAGAACACGUGGGCCCCGUAAUGGAGAACAAUCUGACGAAGUGCGAAUCAUGCUGAAGGUAUUGCAUGAACAGUCAACUCCCGAAUCCUGCAUUGCCGCGUUAAAUGUUACCGAAUGGGACGUUCUAGCAGCGAUCAAACUAGAACGACUUCAAAAUUUACUAAAAAAAGAGAACAAUUUUGUCGGCCUCGAAGAUUGCAAGGUGAUGUUGAAUCAAUGUGGUGGUGACGUCGUUAAAGCAGUCGCGCUGCUGCGAAGCACGGACGACACCACCGCAGUUUAGUUUCCGAUUUCAAUAUGUUAUUAGUAUACUCUGCAAAUCAUUACUUGCAGAGGACAUAUGAGAAUUGAUAGAAAAGUUUUUGCGGUAUUCCCCGUUUUUUCUAUAAUGCUGCAAUUUUUUUCUUUAAUAUCACAACGUCUUAAAAUUUUUAAAGAAAUACAUAUUCUAUUUUUAUACAAAAGUAUCAAACUAAUAAAAUUGAUAAAAUUAAAAAAGUCAAACGUAAUAUAAAAAGUAAGUUUUUUGUAUUUUUCAGUUUUAUUUAAUUUUUUUUACAGUUUGUGUAUAGAUUUGUCUUGUAAUUGCUUCCACCAUCAACGACGAAGAAGAUAAGUUAAUUUUAAAUAAGAAAUACAAUCCCAAAA